ACAAAUUGACAUUUAUUGUAAAAAAAUGUGAUUAGUGUUUUUAUUUUGGUCCUAAUAAAAUAAUAAAAUAAAAUAUAUUCUGGUAUAAUUGUCUGAUUAUACACUAGACUAUAAAAUAAAAUAAAAUUAUAAAUAUGUCUGCACUACAGAAAAGCAUAAUGAAGAGUAAAUUGCCGCCCCGUUGUCCAAAAUCAGCAAGUGGAAAACUAGCUCCAUUCGGAAUGGCCCGUCGCAAGGAUUACAGCCCCGUGCCGUGGCAGCAGUACUUUGAGAAGUAUGUUGAUGUCGAGACGGAAAGCGGAAGGUUUAGGGUGUAUUUGUCACCAGAGCCGGACCACUCAAGCAGACCUCGGUUGGUGACAUUGCAUGGCGGAGGGUAUUCUGGAUUAAGCUGGGCGCUUUUCACGGAAGAAAUAACGAACAUGAUCCACUGCCAAGUGAUCUCUAUGGACAUCAGAGGGCACGGAGAAACACAGGCUGACAACCCGGACGAUCUCAGCGCCGAUACUUUAGUGAAGGAUGUAGAACAAGUUCUCCACAAGCUGUUUGGUGAAGAAUUACCCCCAAUAGUCCUGGUGGGGCACUCUAUGGGUGGCGCUGUGGCGGUCCGUGCCGCAUUACUACCGUCACUGGAGCCCUACGUCCACGGUAUCGCUGUCAUUGACGUCGUCGAAGGCACGGCGAUGGACGCGUUGGCCAGCAUGCAGAGCUUCCUGCGCGGCCGCCCCACGCACUUCCGCAGCAUUGAGCACGCUGUCGAGUGGUGCGUCAGAAGUGGCCAAGUCAGAAACGUGGAUUCUGCCAAGGUGUCAAUGCCGAGUCAAAUCGUUAACGUUGAGACGAAUCUGCUCGCGACAAACGAGCUGGCGACGCACACGCCGGAGGCGCCGCACUUGCCGGCACCCAUGCCGCUCACGCCGGCCGCCGACGCCAUCGCCGAGGAGCCCGAGGACGCCGACGCCGACUACACGCCCGCCGCGCCGCCCCAGCGCGGCGACGGAGACACCAAUAUGAGAUACAAAUGGCGCAUCGACCUGUCGAAGACGGAGCGCUACUGGUCGGGCUGGUUCCAGGGGCUGUCGGCGCGCUUCCUGUCCGUGCGAGCCCCGCGGCUGCUGCUGCUCGCCUCCAUCGAGGGGCUGGACCGGGAGCUGACCAUCGGACAGAUGCAAGGCAAGUUCCAGAUGCAGGUGUUGACGCGGUGCGGCCAUGCGGUGCAUGAGGACACUCCCGGAGAGGUGGCACGCGUGAUCGCCGGAUUCCUGCUGCGGCACCGCGUCACGGAGCCCACGGCGGCCGGCGAGGACAUGCAGCUCGCCUCCACGCCCGGCUGCUAGCUGCCGAGCGGCCGCGCUCACACCUCAACCGAGGCGAGCCUACACGUGGGGAUCUUAUGCUCACUCUGUUCUACAUAUUUAAAUUAUUUCAUCUAAUAUAAUAAUAAAAAAAUAGUAUUAUGAAACAUGUCAUUGGGUAAACUACUUCUGUGGAAUCCUAAAAUCAGUCAAAUUUAUAAAAAAAUUGCCAAGUUGAAUAUUAUUGGGGCCAAUAUUAAUUCGGUUGCAAGUACGAAAUGUCAACGUUAGAACAGGUUUAAAUGACCAUAAAAAAACAGAAUAACUCAAACCACCUCGAGAUUAAUUUUCUACAUAUCAAUCCUCUUUAGUCCAACGCAACAGCACCCCAGAGUAAAAACUAAUCAUAACUCUAAUUCAUCAUUAUAUGAAGUAUUUAAUAGCGCAGUCAGCUGUCAUCAUUUGGAGAAUUAUCAACCAUUCAUACAAGCACGGUUUACACGGUUUGAUGCAAUCUGUCCUUAAACCAAUAGCUGCAAUGCGUGACAAAUAAAUAAAUAUUAAUCCACAAGCAACUAGCCCAAUCGGCGUCAACUGGGCAUACGCCUUUUGAUAGGAAUUGCGUUUAUAAAUCAAUACCUAGACCUAGAGUUUAAAGGCCGAAUAGUGAAUUAUUAAUUGAUAAGUCUAAUCGACUUAAGAAACAAUCUUAUUUAAUUAAAGUUCUUUAACUAAAUCUUACGUAAGUAACGUAAAGAGUUAGGGGUAUUGCUUCAAAUACCUAACAGUAUUUUUUGCGUAAAUAAUCCAUUCUUGCGCAAGUCUUACGAAAAAAAAGGAAAUAUCAGUUCUUUUUACAUAGAAAAACACAAGUACAGCUCAGUCACAAACUUAAUAAAUCGCAAAGAAAAUUAUUUAAGAUAAAAAUCUGAAUUUUAUUCUAUACAAAAUGGAAUUUCUCGCAUAUCACAAAUUUAUUUAUUGCAAGUACUUAAAGUAUGUAUUUAUUUUGAUUUAUUGGUCCACGACGUGGCGUCCAAAAGAAAUUAAUUUCAUAGUAUUUAUUGAGAUUUCUAAACAAAGCUAUUUGUGAAAUAUUUUAGAACAAAAUAAAUAAACUAUCUUUAUGUAAUUAACCAGGAAAAGGAAUGUCGACAUUUAAAAAAAAUCCGGUUUUCUCAUCAUUCAUCAUCAUCAUCAUCACUUGCCCCACUCGGGGUCGGCGCAUCAGGUAUAUUUCUUCCAUAACUAUUCUUCCGU